UUUUCUCACAACUCCAUUACGUAAAGGUCCAAACGCGUCCAUCCUCCGUACCACAGGGUCUCCUCCCGAUCAAUAACGACAUUUUUAACCCAUCAUGUCUGGUAGAGGGAAAACCGGAGGCAAAGCCCGAGCAAAGGCCAAGUCCCGUUCCUCCCGAGCCGGGCUCCAGUUCCCGGUGGGUCGUGUCCACAGGCUACUGCGCAAAGGAAAUUAUGCGGAGCGCGUCGGCGCCGGGGCUCCGGUCUAUCUGGCGGCCGUGUUGGAGUAUCUGACCGCUGAGAUCCUGGAGCUGGCAGGCAACGCAGCCAGGGACAACAAGAAGACCAGGAUCAUCCCCCGGCACCUCCAGCUGGCUGUGCGCAACGACGAGGAGCUCAACAAGCUGCUGGGAGGUGUGACCAUCGCUCAGGGAGGAGUGCUACCCAACAUCCAGGCUGUCCUCCUCCCCAAGAAGACGGAGAAACCGGCCAAGAGCAAGUAAAAGACUCCGGCAGGCCCGGACUCGGCCGGGACAAAGCGCUCACCUCGGAGCCUGCAGCCACUUUUUCAUAUCAGUGUUUUUCUUUUUGGAUAAACCUUUCAGACAGGAGGCCGCGAGCGUUUGUUUGUUUGUUUGUUUGUUUGUUUGUUUCUAUGAAAACCAUCCACGCGCUUCAUCGGGAGGAACAGAUUGAUAAACUGCUCCGUCGCUGUUUGUGAAAUGGAGGCAGGCAGGAUGAGGAUGAGGAUGAUGAAGGCCUGUGGACCAAUUGUGAAGGGAGGGGUUGUUUUUUUUUAGUUUCGCAAUGCUGCUACAAAAACGUGCAAAAUUGUUGUAUUGUUUUUUUUUCUGUCAUGUUGUUUCAAUAAAUGUCCUGUAGUCUUUUGGCGCAGGGCAAA